AUGAUAUUUAUAUUUACUACUCGAACUACCAGGUACUGGCAUUUAAUGAAUGCUUUACGCCGAAAUUUGAAUUCUAAAGUACCCUUAACACCAGUUUCAACUUUAGAAAAUGAAAAUUAUGGUCCAGCUAAAGUUGAUAGAAAUACCAUAUCACUAUUAGAAAGACUUUCAUUAGUGAAGUAUGAUACACCCGAGGGUGUUAAAAUUUUAGAAGAUUCUAUCACUUUUGCUAAUAAAAUAUUACAUAUUAACACUACAGGCGUUGAGCCCCUAUACUCAGUAUUGGAGGAUAAGAACUUAACAUUAAGAGAAGACAAAAUUACUCAAGGAAACUGCCAGAAAGAUAUCUUAAAGAAUGCUGUGGAUCCACAAGACUUUAAAGAAGAUUUUUUUUUUAAAUAUAAUUUUAUGGAUGAACAUAUUAGUAAAUUGAGUAAAUCAAACCUACAGUUUUAUUUGAUGGUGCCUCAACAAGAUGCUAUGCAGUAUUUUAUAAAAUGGCAAAGAUAUAGGAAAUAUUGGUGGAGUUCUAUAUCCACUACACCAGGAUUAUUCUCAAUAAAUGACAUUAAAUAUGAAGAGAAAUCAGCGAAUGUAGAUAUUGUUGCUAAAUUGCCAUGUGGAGACCAAGCAGUUGAAAAUGUAGCAAUUAUCUUCAAAAAAAAUGAAAAGUCUUCAUGUUUGUGCUGUAGUAUGUCAUUAGAAAAUGCAUUAUACAUUUUAUUAUUGGAUGGAAUGAAUAAUAACUCAGGAGAUCAAUAUUUGAGAUUGCAUAGAAAAACUGCACCGUUCAAAAUUUCUUUUGCAUUGGAUUGCAAUGGCCCAGAUAGCAGAGAUAUGUUGAAGGAAUUAGCAACACUACUGCAUCACAAACUUGAAAGCAACAGGAUAUCAGCUUGGCUUCCUGAUUUUACACUUUCACACGAGCCUCAGAUAAAGGAUAAUAUGCACCUAGGCGUCAUAUACACAGCAAUAUUGUGUGAGGAGACACUUAAAAAUGGAAUCUUUAGGUUAAUGAGCAGCAGCACCAUGUUGGGGGAACAAGUUCAUGUAGCAGAUUUCCACAAAUAUGCAGCAAUCUUAUUUGAAAAGUAG